AUGUCCGACCCCCUAUCAGUUACAGCCAGCGCGGCUGGCAUUAUUUCUCUCGGUCUUCAAGUGACGCAGGGAAUAUUUUCUUUUUGUAGCGCUUGGAAGGGGUAUGGGGGGGAUAUGGAGGACCUUCGCAACAAAGCGACCGCAUUGGCGAACGGACUGAGGCAUCUUGACCAUGUCCUUCACAAAACCAGCUCCGUUGAUCCUGCCUUCAAAACUCAAGCUGUUGAUCUAUUGGACAGUAGCAAGAUCAUGAUGGAGAAGCUCGAGAAGCUAAGGGCCAAACUUCCCACCCCACCGACGAAGCGACUGGCGACAGAGACAGCACGAGAAAUUAAGCGAAAGAUGUUGUACACUUUUGAGAAGCAGACAUUAAUGGAGAUGAGAAGCAUGAUUGAUAGCCUGCAAGGGAACAUUGACACGGCGUUAAAUAUACUGCAGGUACAUCAAGGGACCCGAUUGCUUGACGAUGUUGCAACGCACACUGCACUGAGCUUGGACAUUCGGGAUCAGCUGGCAGAGCAUACGGCUCGGCUUGAUAGCCUGAAUCGGCAGCUUACAUCGCACUUACCCAGCGAAACCCAGUUGGUAUCCAGUGGAAGGACAGCCGACGUACGUUGGGAAAGCGACUAUAGCAAGCUGCGCCAAGUUAUCAACUACCUGAUCCGAGAGGGCGUACCGACGGACAUGCUGACUGAUAUGAAUAUGACGGCUCUGGACUGCAUGUUGAGAAACCUCCAGCCGAAGCCACUGGUGCAUGCCCUGAUCUCUGAUAUGGCCAAUGCUGGAUGCUACAUUACAGACAACGCGCUGAAGCUGUGGAACAGACCGCUAAUUCGAUAUAUAAUUCUUCAUCACCCUGGAGCUGUCUGUCUGUCCUAUCCUGCUCUAGUAAUCUUUCAGGAGACAGAGCGUGAAUUGGUGACCCUAGUGGGCUCUGGCCAGCUCUGUGGUGAUCACAUUAUUGGUGAAUAUACGGCAUUACAGCUUGCUACUGGGUGGCCUGCUGGUAUCAAAAUUCUUCUGGAUGCAGGUGCAGAUAUGACUAAAGACGGCAAAGGAAACAAGUAUACGCAUGGUUAUUCCAAUCCGCUUAGCUGGGUGAUACCCUCUAACUGUCCAGCCUCAUUACUGGUCUUCCUCCGCGCAGGCGCCUCGCUCCAGCCGAAUCAUAUCGGCCUGGCCAUUUAUCUAUCGACUCCGGAGGUCAUAGAUACCCUGGUGAAUGAGUUGAUACGACGACGCCAAUCAUUACGUGAGCUGGCAUUGCUAGCAUUGCCCAAGCACAUAAGCUACACGCUGCGUCUCUCCCAAGAUGUGCUCCCAGACGCGAACGCUCCAGUGAUUUUUGACGCCCUUCGCGACGCAGGCAUUCCAGUAAAUACAAGUAUGGACCCGCGAGGCUUGCACAGAGGAGAUGUAGGACAUGAGUAUGGCACCAUAUUCCAUGAACGACAAUUGGACCGACAACUGAUGGAUCGGCUGUAUGAUGCUGGUUUCGUUGACGUUGAUACCCUCGAUUCCGCUGGAUACAGCCCCUUAAUGAUUGCAGGUUUUAACUCGUCAACACGCGAGGACUGUCAACGGAUCAAAAAUCCUACACAGCAAGCUGCCACUGCGGCAACGUCAAACUCUCCUUCUCCACAUUGCCUCCAAUCGAAGAAACAGAUAUCGUCUCAUGCAACUGUAGAGUUCCCGGUCUUCUCAUCACCGCUCCGGCUGACAGACAUAGGCUCCAUCUGCCACAUCAACGGCUACCUGCUCACCUACGUCCCCACCUCAAAGAUCAUCUUUGAGAUGGACAAGGACGCAGUAACGGUAUACCCUCCGUUCUUGGCGGCCUGUAAGGCGGGCUAA